CACCUGGCCAACGUUUGAGCUGGGCACCAACACUUCCGACUAGUGAGAAGGCUAUUACAAACGAUGGAGGACAAGGCGAUCCACCUUGGCUCCGACACGCUGACAUCGGGCAAGGCCAUGAUGGCUCAUGGCCCCAACGCACUGCACAGCUUCGUGGCUGGAAAAUUCGAGGCAGCCAUGGGGCGAGAGCUGCCGCAGAUGGAGGUGCGCUACCAUAACUUGAGUGUCACGGCCAACGUGACAGUGACGGGCAAAAUUACGGCCGAGUCGGAGCUUCCAACGGUGUUCAACACUAUCAAGCGCAGUCUGGCCAAGUUCGCGUGGAACAAGCGCGUGGUUCAGAAGGAGAUCAUCAAGAACGUCAGCGGUGUAUUCAAGCCCGGCACCAUCACUCUGUUGCUGGGCCAACCGGGGUCAGGCAAGACAUCUUUGAUGCGUGUACUGGCUGGGCAAUUCCCCAAGAGCGGGAAUGUCGAGAUCGAGGGUGACGUGUCGUACAACGGCGUGCCUCGAGACGAGAUCACCAAGUUGCUGCCCCAAUUUUCAGCCUACGUGACUCAGUUUGACAAGCAUUUCCCCAAACUCACUGUACGGGAGACGUUGGAGUUCGCCUAUGCAGUAUGUGGAGGUGGCAUGUCGAAGCACACGGAGGAGAUGCUGAGUCACGGUACACCGGAGCAGAAUGCUGAGGCUCUGGAGAUGGCUCGUAAAUACUUCGAGCACUUCCCAGAUUUGGUCAUUGAGCAGCUCGGACUGCACAUUUGUCAGGACACGAUCAUUGGUAGUGGUAUGCUACGUGGCGUGUCAGGAGGUGAACGAAAGCGUGUGACUACGGGUGAGAUGGAGUUUGGUAUGAAAUACAUGACGCUCAUGGACGAAAUUAGUACUGGUUUGGACAGUGCUGCGACCUUCGACAUCAUCACGACGCAGCGCAGUAUCGCCAAAUGCCUCCACAAAACGAUCGUGAUCGCAUUGCUACAACCUGCACCUGAAGUGUUUAACCUGUUCGACAACGUGAUGGUACUGAACCAAGGUGAGAUCAUCUACCAUGGCCCUCGCGACCAAGCAGUACCGUAUUUUGAAACGCUAGGCUUCAAGUGUCCACCUCGUCGUGACGCUGCUGACUUUCUAUUGGAUUUGGGCACGAAUAUGCAGAAGAAGUACCAGGUCGAGCUGCCAAUGGGGAUGACCCAACAUCCUCGUCUAGCUAGCGAGUUCUCGGAGUAUUGA